AAGAAAAAGCAAACAUCUUCUUUUGCAUGCUUACUGAACUUUGUCUAGCUUGGCUUCGCUUUUUCAGAUUCGGAAGGAAACCUGCCAAGUUUCGAAACUGAGUAUUGCUAUGUUUGGCGAUUCAACUUCCGGGAUUUCGAUCUCGGGCGCUACCCUCAUAAAACUGAUUUAAUUCAGUAUUGUUUGGCAAUAAAAUAGGCGAGCAAGAAUGAGAGUUAAACUUUUGACAAACAAGAGAGGAAAUGGCUGCUCCUAUUCUACAAGAAGAAGAGCACCUCGACGUUCUCACCAAAACCGGUGAAAAAACUGGCAUUUCCAAACCCAGGGGAGAGGUUCAUAGAGAUGGAGAUUACCACCGUGCAGUUCACGUGUGGAUAUACGCAGAGAGCACGCAAGAGUUGCUUCUUCAAAAGCGAGCUGAUUGUAAAGAUUCUUGGCCAGGACAGUGGGAUAUUUCCAGUGCUGGUCAUAUUUCAGCUGGUGAUUCUUCGCUCAUAUCUGCUAGGAGGGAGCUUCAUGAAGAGCUGGGCAUUGUCCUUCCAAAGGAUGCAUUUGAGUUGAUUUUCGUUUUUCUCCAAGAGUAUGUCAUCAAUGAUGGCAAAUUUAUUAAUAAUGAAUAUAAUGACGUAUAUCUUGUAACAACUAUAGAUCCAAUUCCUCUGGAAGCGUUUACUCUUCAGGAAACAGAAGUAUCUGCUGUCAAAUAUAUUUCCUAUGAAGAAUAUAGAAGCUUACUUGCCAAAGAACAUCCUGAUUAUGUCCCCUAUGAUGUAAAUGGACAAUAUGGUCAACUCUUUGACAUAAUUAAGAAAAGGUAUAAAGAGAAUACUGCAGCACGCAGUUUGACUCUACAAAAGCAGCUCGGUCGAUAUGCUCCAGUUUCUCUCAGUGCAGAGUUGACAGGCCUAUCAGAUGGGGACAGGGAAGCAUUGGGUUUGCUUAUUAAGGCUGCAAAAGUUGUGGAUGAAAUCUUCUACCGCCAGGUUUGGUACAGCAAUCCUGCUCUAAGAGAUUGGUUAAAAGACCAUGCUGAUGCAUCAGAAUUGGACAAGCUAAAAUGGCUGUAUUAUUUGAUUAAUAAGAGCCCAUGGUCCUCUCUUGAUGAAAAUAAGGCAUUUUUAACAACUGCUGAUUCAGCCAUAAAGUUGCUUCCUAAAGCCACAAAGUCAGUUGGUGAAUGGAAGGGUCUAGAAUACAAAGCAGCAUUUCCUAUUCUAAAACCACCUGGUGCGAACUUUUAUCCACCAGACAUGGACAAAAUGGAAUUCGAAUUAUGGAAAAGCACUCUGACAGAGAGUCAAGAACUUGAUGCAACGGGUUUCUUCACUGUUAUCAAAAGGCGUAGUGAAUUUGAUUUGGGCUCCCCUCUAUCAAAUCAUGCUAUUGAUGGCACAUAUCAUUUGGUGGGUAGUCAUGAUCUGUUUACUGUUCCCUACUCCAAAGAGUACAAUUCUCUCCUCAGAAAAGCUGCUGAACUAUUGCAUAAAGCUGGGGACUUGGCUAGCUCACCAAGUUUGAAGAGGUUACUACAUAGCAAAGCUGAUGCAUUCCUCUCAAAUGACUAUUAUGACUCGGAUAUAGCCUGGAUGGAAUUGGAUUCUAAGUUGGAUGUAACUAUAGGUCCAUAUGAGACAUAUGAAGAUGCACUUUUUGGAUAUAAGGCUACCUUUGAAGCAUACAUUGGAGUCCGGGAUGACAAAGCAACAGCUCAACUUAAACUCUUUGGCGAUAAUUUGCAGGUUUUGGAGCAAAAUCUUCCCAUGGAUAGUUCCUACAAAUCAACCGAUGUUAAUGCUGCUCCUAUUCGUGUCAUCCAACUUAUCUAUAAUGCAGGGGAUGUAAAGGGCCCUCAAACAGUUGCUUUCAAUUUACCCAAUGAUGAGCGUAUAGUCAAAGAUCGAGGAACUUCAAUGGUCAUGCUUAAGAAUAUUUCAGAGGCCAAGUUCAAGCAUAUUCUUCAGCCUAUAGCCGACGUGUGUAUUACUAAGGAACAAAAGGAACUUGUAGAUUUUGAAUCUUUCUUUACACACACCAUCUGCCACGAAUGCUGCCAUGGUAUAGGACCUCAUACUAUAAUACUUCCAAAUGGUGAAACGUCUACAGUUAGAAAGGAGCUGCAAGAACUCCACUCAGCUUUGGAAGAAGCUAAGGCUGAUAUAGUUGGCCUCUGGGCACUAAAGUUCUUAAUCAAUAAGAAUUUGCUUCCGAAGAGUUUGGUAAAGUCCAUGUACGUUUCUUUCCUUGCUGGGUGCUUCCGCUCAGUUCGAUUUGGUUUGGAAGAAGCUCAUGGAAAAGGACAAGCAGUCCAGUUCAACUGGUUAUUUGAGAAAGAAGCAUUCAUCUUGCACCCUGAUGAAACUUUCUCUGUUGAUUUUGAAAAGGUUGAAGAGGCAGUCGAAAGCCUUAGUAGAGAGAUACUAACUAUACAGGCAAAAGGUGAAAAAGCGGCUGCAAAUUUGCUGCUUCAGAAAUAUUGUAAAAUGACGGAGCCACUAAAACUAGCAUUAGACAAAUUAGAGGCCGUUCAGGUACCCGUGGAUAUAGUUCCCACAUUUCCCAUAGCCGAUGAAAUAGUGGGGUAAAGCCAGUGGGGGGGAGAAUCAGACUAUGCUUGUCAAGCCAAUUCUGAUUAAAUCAAUGAGAAUAAUUAGACAAAUGCCAUAUGGAAGACAUACCUUCAAUAUUUAAGGGAUUAAAAUCCAGCAGAGUACAUGGGUAUUAUCAUCUAAGCCAAGUAAUGCAAUUUCAUUUCCCCCAAUAAAUGAAUCAACCUUAUUUGCUAAGGUUGCUUUUUUAA